AUGGCUGUUCGCAGGACCCACACACCAGGCAGCCUUCGGCUGGCUCCGCUAGUCUUGCGAGUUCCGUUCAUCAACUCCCCUCUGCCAUCACCAAGCCUUCCAUCAACAUUCCCUCCUCGUGCUCCCAGGUCCUCCGAUUUGCGUGUUCUAAAACCAUGGUGGCGCUUAAGUCUAAUUCUCGGCUGUUGCCUCACCGUUACCUGGCUUACGUUUUCAAUUUGGCACAUUGAAGGUGCUGCCGUUGCUUGCCAAUCGCAUGGGGAAAAUGCAUCCGAAAGUUUUGGAAGCAAUACAUUACCGGACACUCCUGGACCUAUUAUGAUCAAAGAUGAAAAAGGACGGACCCGAUGGACAGUCUCAAUUCCACCGGAUCAUAUCCUGCCACUGUCUCCCUCUACUUAUGCGAGAAUAUGCAUGGAGACGUGGGACUUGGCGGCUCAUGUCUCGUUAAUAACGAAUACUAAGUCACGAACAAUUAAUGGGCAACUCUAUGGAUUUCACUACCAGGACAAGAACUUUAUAGACAUUGUUGAUGCGCAAGAACUAGGCCUCCUUCCUAGCAAUUACCCUACCCAAUUCCCUGCUAAAACAAUGGCUGGAUUGGGCCGACAGGAGCAUAGUACUGAAGAUUUACCUCCGUGCAAAAAGUCCUUAACCUUCGUGCUAGAGUCGGAUGAUGCUGGCUUCGGUGUGGCAUUGAUGGGUUUAUGGAUGGCCUAUGGACUCGCCAAAGAAGAAGGGCGGGCGUUCUUUAUUGAUGAUUCCAAUUGGGCCUAUGGCAAAUAUACUACAUAUUUCAAAGCUCCACCAUUACCGACAUGUCAUCCUCCAUUUAUGUCCCAGCGGAUACCAUGUCCCUUACAGGCGCGUCAUCUACUGGUUUCGCCGUCUACCUUCCGCUGGAUAUUCAACAAGAAUUUCAGCGAACGGUUUGAAAGCCGACAUAAAACUGGCGUUGAUCGGCAGAAGCCCAUAUUCUCGCUUCUUCGAACUGGAUAUGAGAAUCUCUUUCUUUUGAGCGACACCGACAAUGCGUUUUACAGGAAACGGAUCAUGCAGCUAAGGACCGAUAGGCAGGGGGUUCAGGUUGGGAUUCACAUACGGCGUGGUGACUGUCACCCUCUAGAAUUUCAAUAUGAAAAUUCCUACAUUCCCCUGGACGUUUACACCCAACGAGCUGAAGAACUGGUCAAGUCACUCACUGCUCAGUCCCUUUCGCAAUCCGCAAAGAACACGACGAUCGUGGGCUCUGACGACCCAGAUGUGUAUCUAGCGCCAGAAAUGAGACAUGUCCGGAAGGCCCAAUCAUAUAUCUCCCUAAUAAGUAAAUCUACGCUUGGCGCGGCCUCAGCUACACCCAGGCAGCCCGUGGACACGAAUAGUGGCUGGGAGGGGGGAUUUUUUAAUGGCUUAUUCUGGUCCCUGGGCUCCCCAUUUUCUCGGCCAAGAAGAAGUGAUAGUCCACCCCCAUCAAAAUAUCCUACUUCACUUUCUUCUUCCAGCGGUACCACUCAUCCCUUAUCGGGGCAGAGUGCUGAUACGAGCACCUUUCCUUCGGAUGAUGACCAACUUCACCUCCAGUCCCUAGAUAAUGCGCUACGGCUACGUGAAUUUGUCGGUCGCGCAUACAUACUCGAUCUUGCUGUGCUUGGCUCGUCAGAUGCCAUAGUAUGCGGCGUGAGCAGUGUAACAUGUCGACUACUGGGAGUUAUACUUGGCUGGGAGAGAGCGAUUGGGCAAAAGAGAUGGAAAAAUGUGGAUGGUCCCUUGGAUUGGCAAAGCUUUAUUUGGUAGUUAAAUACGGAGUAUCUGACGGGUACGUUAUCGGUCCUAGAUAACAAGCCCUCACUGUAUGUUGGGUAUGUAUGUACAUACGUACGUACGGCACCCAUUAAUGGGCUCGCUGUCCCAUAUGACGGGAAUAAAUAGGGUGCCCCGGGGGAUGGGGGUUACCACAACAGCAAAUCUCCCUGUUCCUGUUGGUGGGAUAUUUUCCGAGAACCAUUAUUUUUUUAGUCCUUGAUUUGACC